GCCGCCCGAUGGUGCUGCGGGGCGGCGGCGGAGGAGGUGCCAGGCGCCUUCUGCUGCUCGCGCGCUCGUCGCCGUCGCGGAGCCUGCGCCUCUGCUCGCUGCUGCUGCUGCUGCUCUCGGCGGCGGCGCUGGGCCACGCGUGGACCUACCGCGAGGAGCCCGAGGAGAGCGACAGGGAAGUUUGUUCCGAGAGCAAAGUCGCCACCACCAAGUACCCGUGCCUGAAGCCCGGCGGGGAGCUCACCACCUGCCUCAGGAAAAAGUGCUGUAAGGGUUAUAAAUUUGUUCUCGGGCAAUGCAUCCCUGAAGACUAUGACGUUUGUGCAGAUGCUCCUUGUGAACAACAAUGCACGGAUAAUUUUGGACGUGUCCUGUGUACCUGCUAUCCUGGUUAUCGGUAUGACCGCGAAAGACACAGAAACAGAGAGAAACCCUAUUGUCUAGAUAUAGACGAGUGCGCAUCGAGCGCUGAAGCUCUCUGCCCCCACGUCUGCAUCAAUACUGUGGGCAGCUACAGAUGCGAGUGUCACGAAGGCUUCCUCCGUGAAGAUGAUGGUAGGACGUGCACAAAAGGAGAGAAAGGGUUUUCUGAGAAGACGGACAAUGUGGUGAAACCAGGGGCCUGCUGCGCUUCCUGCAAAGAGUUCUACCAAAUUAAACAGACGGUGCUGCAAUUAAAACAAAAGGUUGCUUUGCUCCCUAACAACGCUGCCGACCUAAGCAAACCGAUCACUGGGGAAAAGGUGCUUGCAUCCAAUGCCUACAUAGCCGGUCCCCCUGGACAACCGGGCGAUCAGGGCCCUCCAGGUGCUGCAGGGCCGAAAGGGAGCCCUGGAUUUCCGGGAUCUCCUGGCCUUCCAGGUCCACCAGGCCCCAGAGGACCAAUGGGGCCUAUGGGACCCUCUCCAGACUUAUCCCAUAUCAAGCAGGGCAGAAGGGGCCCUGUGGGUCCUCCAGGGGCACCAGGAAGAGACGGGGCAAAGGGCGAGAGAGGUGCACCAGGAGAAAAAGGGUCCCCCGGACCUCCAGGUUCUUUUGACUUCCUGUUGCUGAUGAUGGCAGACAUCAGAAAUGACAUUGCUGAGCUGCAAGAAAGGGUGUUUGGGCACCGGACUCAUUCAUCAACUGAAGAGUUUCCACUACCUCAGGAAUUUCCGAACUAUCAGGAUGUGGUGGAUCUGGGAUCUGGAGAAGACGACAAGCAAAGAAGUACAUCAAGGGACUUGAGAACACGCAGAGAAAGCCGACAUUAAACAGAACUUGCGAUGGAGAAAGAAUAAGCAUUUAUAGUGGUGGUGAUCCACAAGUCACUUAAGCCAGCAUACUUGCACAUAUCCCAGUUUAGAUCUGUGGAAGUCAAUUUGCACUUCCCCUGGGACGACUAUAUUCCUUUCCCUGAGUAUUGCAGGUGGGGCCAAAUGAAGAACCAAGCUACACAGACAACAGAUUCUCAUUGUAUAUCUGUUGCUGGGAUAUACUGCUUCAGAAUGUUUGAAUGUUCCUCCAUAUUUUUUUGUUUAGAAAACCCUUGCAUCUAGAAAACUAAUAUGUCAGGAAAAAUUAAAGUUCUAUACUAACCUUGUCUGCACUGACCUGGAUAGCCCAGAUAAGCCUGAUCUUGAGAGAUCUUAGAAGCUAAGCAGGGUCAGCCUUGGAUAGUAAUUGGAUGAGAGACCUCCAACCAAGACAAGAGUUGCAGAGACAGGCAAUGGCAAAAUCAACUCUGUUAGUCUCUUGCUGUGAAAACCCCGCCAGGAGUCACCAUAAGUCAACUAUGACUUAAUAGCACUCUCCACUACCACUUUUCUAUGCCAUACUAGUUUUUCUAAUGCAUAGGGAGUUUCUUCAUUGGAGAGCAUUCAAACGUUUGAUUCCCUAGCUGAAGUGGUACAAUCCAACCACAGGCAAACCCCAUGAAUCUGCUGAUGGUGAGGCUCAUCAAGGGUGCUGAAGCAUAUUCUGAGCCAUCACAUGCCUGGGACAUUUAAGCCCCUCAUCAUAAUCUGCUGACUCUCUACAGGAAGGGUUGUGUGAAUGCAAAUAUGAGCUCCCACAAGCACACCCAGCCUUUCUUCUCCUCCUCCCUACAGGUUUUCUGCAAGGCAGACAUCCUAUUGUUCUUUAGUGUACAUCCCAGAGGACAUUCUGUUCUCCCCUGUCCUGUUCACAUCUGUGAGCAGUUAGACUAUGCAGGUGCCCCACUAUUCUUGGGCAUGUAGUGCACCGAAUUGGACUUUCUGUAUUCAGGUACUGCUGUAACAACGUUGGUCCAGGCAAAGGUGUUCUGCUGGCACCUGCAUAACAUCCUAUGGCCAUGUGCCCUGCAAACUGGCUUAAGCUUGACAACAGUGGCUUAAGUGCUUUGUAGAUUGCACUGUUAAAGAUAACACAGUAUUUUAGAAAUGCACUGAUAUUGUAUAAAGAUAUAUAUAUAUAUGUAUAUGUAUUUUAUUGUCCAGAGUUUCUCCAUUUUCUUCUUUACAGAGAUAUUUACAGACCAUAAACACAGUCCAGGUAUAUUGAUCUGAAUAAGAAGUAGCCCAAAAUCUAAAUCUGUACCUGCACAUAGGUUCAGUUGUAGAAAAAAAUCUGUAAGGCAGAGAUCCUUAAAUACCUAGACUUCCAAUUUUAACAAUUCAAUUUACAGUUGGAAACCUUGGCCAAAGUGGCUGUUCUCUAUUGCUUGGUAAAACAGUGAACUCAUAAACAUUUUAACUGUCCAGGUGUUGGUCAUAACAAUCAAAUGGAUCGAAUUCAGAUUGUAUUUUCUAGCCACGAAUUAUUUCCAUUUUAUAAGCAAUGGACAUGCAAACAGGAUGGUUCUCACACAGAAAUCCUUGCACGGGACAGGGCUAUUGCUACGUGUGAGGAUUCCCAUAUCAAAUAUAUAAUCAGUGCAGUCAGCUCUAAAAUGUUGAUCACUUCUUGGAUGGGAGGGGAAGGCGCUCCCCAAAUCCCGUAUCUCCAACAGGUACCAGUGCCAGUAUAGUAUGCAGUGAACAAUAAGAGUGCAUCCCUUGUGGAUGGAAACAGGAUCCACUCCUGAUGCAGGCUCAGAUGGGCUCUAGUGUGGAUAUGCACAUGGGAAUCUAUUCCUGCUCAUAAAUGGCCCUUGCUGGAUCACGAGAAGUGUGUCAAUGUUUUUAUACAUGCUGUUGAGCGCUUCCUGCUUCCCAAGCAGUGAGAAACCCGAUGGUGACGCUACAGGAUUUGGUUUUCUUCGGAUGAGAGACAGAGAAAGAGCAUGCACUGGAAACUUAGAGGACUUUUAUAAUAUUUGCUUUAUUUACAAAUAUAUGUGCAAACUCUUAUUAGAAACAAGUGUGUUCCUGUGCGUUCCUGCAGACAGGCUGCAAAAUUUCAGAUCUUGUAUCACACCUCAAAGAGGCUGUCGCUGUCUCCAGUGAAAAGGGCUCAGCUUUCUCUGUUGCCAAAUUCAAACUGCAAAUGUAAAGUAUCUUUCUCACUAGCUCUGAUGGAUAUUAUACCCCAACAGCUGGGGAGAUCAAGAAAAAUCAGGUUGCUCUGAUAAAAUUCCAUGCAGUGCUUUGGGCAAACCCCCCCCCCCCGCCAAACAUAGCAAUGGACCUAUUCACAGUAAUCAAGAAAAGCCGAAAUCAUAACAAUGCAACUUAAUGAGAAUCCCCCAGCCAAUAACAUUCUGUUUUGGUGUGUCCAUGAAGCGUGCCUUUAUCUGGAAAACCUAACAUGCCAAUUGGCCGUAACCUUAUGUGGAAUUUAAGCCAACAUUCACCCAACAUUCUGUUCUGUGAUAAAAGCCACUAUAAUCCAAUUUCUGAUGUUACGUGUCAGAAGUUAAAUAUAGGGCAAGGCUGUGGCCUGUAUUCCUUCCACGUCCCCUUUUUUGUUCUCAGAGUCAAAGAACAGCUGUAACUACUUGAAUACUAGCAACAGUUCCAAACUAGUGAAGAUGGCGGAAUGAUUAUGGCUGGUCCAUGUCUGACACAGAGUAAGCCUAGGUAUUAUCCACCCCCUCCACCAUUGCUUCAAGUACUCAUUUGAGAAUUGCAUUGCUCAAUAAGAUAUUUGGAUCACUUUUGGAACUCGGAGAAAUUCUCUCCAGCAUUCAUCUUUCAACAGAGUUUAAUUCACCCAGCAUAACCCAUCUAGUUUAAAUCAUGUGGCUACAUGCAAAGCUACAAAAGGGCCAAUCCGGUCACCAGAACAGCAUCCCCAUUGCUUCCUGCAUACUUUGGUCACAGAGGCUGCCCCCCAGCUCCCCGUAGAGAAGUUCUCCUGCCACUGAUGUGCCCUUCUUGGUCCGCAGCCUCUUCCUAAAUGGGGAAGUAGUUCAUGUUUAACUUCAUACACUCAAGACCGGCCUUAUACAAUGCAUUAGGAUAAAAAAUGAGAGACGCUGAAAAAAAUCAAACAAACAAAAAUAAAGCAUAAUUAAACUGAGUCGGUACGAUCCAGCAAAAGCGAAGUACAUAUAACUUCUGCCGAUUUCAAUGAGAACAAUUUACAGUGCUAAUUGAACCAGAGUUCCACCCUUCUAAGUCUAUUUAAGUCAAUUGCAUUAGGACCUAACUACACAUUCCCUUUUCCCUGGAGAUAUCUCCAGUUUGAGGGAAAGGUGUGCUCAGGAGUGCACCACACUGCCCAGGAGCAUGCUCCAGGAGGCACGUUCCCCCGCCUUUCCCCCCGCCAGCCAGGUAAGCAGGAAGGGGGGGUGGAGGGGGGAGCGGGUGAUCCCCCGCCCCCAGUGGGGGACUGGCAACCCUAAUUAGGGCACAUUCAGCCUUCAGUAGGGGCAUAUAGAGAAAAGAUCUAAGUGCUCGGAACAGUGGCUGGAGGGGAGGGGGGAAUCACCAGAGUCACAUGGUGUGAUGUCACUUCUGGGGCAGGGGAACCCCAAUGGGAUGUCACACUGUGUACAAUGCUGACACCCCAUAUCUCUCCCCCCUCAUCUACCCUUCCUUUCAAACCAACUUGGGGACAUCCAAGUUAAACAUGCACUUUGAUUUGAUCAGGUUAUUUCAUCAAAUAGCAAAACAGAUAAAACUAGGGCAUCUGCAACAUGUUAGUAUAGCUGGUAGAAAAGGUACAUUUUUGCAUAUUUAAAAACUGUAGAUCUAUGUGUUUGUGAUAAAAUAUUGAUUUACUGGAACAUGCUAAAAAAAAAGGCCAACUACUGAAUGUACAGUAUUAUGCUGAAAUAACAUUAUUAGUCCAAGUAGUCCAGUUAAUUUAAACAUAACGAUCUGUCUUAAAAAGAUUUAAAAGUGUAUAUAUAGCCACACAUGCAAAACAAGUUGGUUUCAGAGGCGGGGUGGGGGUGGGGGGCUUAAAUAUAAAUGUUAAAAGGCUUCUGCCCAAAGAUUUCCCAUUUGGUAUGAAUCAAUAGACAAAAAGGGAAGAAAUAAUAUUAUAUGGCUUUAAAGUAAGCCUUUGAGAUCUUGGUGCAAUUCUUGCCUGAGACAAUCUGGAACGAUGCAGACAAUUUCCUAGGAAUUUUUUUCUUCGCGUUCUUCUGCAUUCUGCAAGAGCACAGCCGUUCCCAGUAGAUUGUGCCCACUCCCACUUCUCAGAUCAUAUUUCAUAGUAAAUGAGCCACGGGAGGUUAAUGAUGUGUCCCAUAAUUUUGUCCCCCCCCCUCCUCCCCUUUUUAUUUCUUCAAAAGGCCCAUGCCUCUGACCUUUUGUGCACAUUUAGACAGCUAUAACAGCACACCGUUAUUUAUAAGAAUUGUACGACAUACUAGAGAGGAUAUAAACGUGAUUGUGAUUAUGCAGUGUAUUUGCAAUUAAAAAAGAAUAUUUUUUCUUAUAA